AUGGGCAACCUCCCGGGACUACCGCUGUUGGACGCCGAGAAGAUCACCUGGAAGAUCCACGACCGGAUCAUGGCGCCCCCCUUCCAGCAGUGGUUGUUGACGGCCACACCCCUGGACAGGCAGAAGCUCCAGGCUGUGCUCCAAGGCCGCUUCACGCACUUCAAGAGGAAGCAGAAGAUAAACCUCGUCCCGUUCCUCUCCGCGCAAGGUUUCUCGCUCACCGACGAGGACGAGGACGAGGACGGCAAGGGCAGACGCCGCAGGAGAGACCGGGGCAAGGGCGACGGGCGGCGAGAGAGGAGCAGAAGCAGGCGAAAAGGCAAAGGGCGCGACAGGGACCGCGACCGCGACAGGAGGAGAGACAGAGACGACGACGACAAAGGCAAAGGGAAGCGGAGCAGAAAGGGCAAGAGAGACCGUCGCGGACGGGACGGCGACCGUGGAGAUUGGCAGGGGCCGAUGAUAGACGGCGCCACCGGAGCCAACACGAUAGAGGUCAAGUGGAAGCCGCCUGGGUGGAAGGAAGGCGACGAGAAGAAGGAGGGGGAAGAAGAGGAAGACGAGGACGACGAUGAGGAAAGCGAGGACGAGGAGGAGGACUCGAGACGAAGAAGACGAGGAAGAGUGGAAAGAGGACGAGUUCACGCUCACGACGUCGACCAACGGGGAGACGAGCGCCGGAAGCAUGCAACUGAAGGUGUGGUUGGCAGCAGGCUUCGCAGCCGGCGAUACCAUCAUCAUCAAACGGUCAGACGGCACCAGCGAAAUCAAGGACUCCAACCGUCGCGAGCAUAG